AUGGCUGUAAAAUUACUGUCGUUUAUUCUCAUCGUCGCUGCUGUAGUAACGGCGGACGAGGAACCAUCUGUAGCAAGGCUGUUAGUAUCUAAACAAGUUUUAAAUAAAUACUUAGUGGAGAAUAUGGAUAUUUUAAUCAAAUACACACUGUUCAAUGUGGGAACAGCACCAGCAGUAGAUGUAAGGUUGGUGGACAAUGGAUUCCACCCAGAAGUGUUCACUGUGGUUGGAGGUCAGCUCACAGCAGAGAUCGAUAGAAUAGCUCCUCAAACCAAUGUCUCACAUGUAGUUACAGUUAGAUCAAACAGAUAUGGUUACUUCAACUUUACAUCUGCUGAAGUUACAUACAAACCUACUGAAGAUGCUAUUGAGCAUCAAUAUUCUAUCAGUAGUGCACCCGGAGAAGGAACAAUUGUUGCUUUUAAGGACUAUGACCGCAAGUUCUCAUCACACAUUUUAGACUGGGCUGCGUUUGCUGUUAUGACUCUGCCAUCACUAGCCAUUCCUUUCGGUCUCUGGUAUUCCUCAAAGAGCAAAUAUGAGAAACUCGCAAAACCUAAGAAGACUCAU